GUCUAUAGAUCGAUCAAUUGAUUCACCGAUUCGCAACAAGGAACAAAACAAUGGAACAUCUCACCUCAUCUCAUCUCAUCUCAUUAUUUCUAACACCACUUCCAAUUUUUAGGGAUCGGUCCAAAUUCGCCCUCCGCCAUUGAUGCUCCUUCCAUCAUUCUCCCCACCUCUCAAUUCACUCUCCCCAAUCCUUUUACCCACUUCACUUUCCCCAUAAUUGAUCUCUCCUCUCCUCUCCAUUUCCAUUCCCAUUCGCAAUCCCAAUUUCCCGAUUCUAUUCCCAUUUUCAAUCCCCAUCCACCGCAACGUGAAAUUAUAACUGAACGCCUGUAGAGAGGAUCCAAUUUUUUCGGAGAUUAAAUGGGUCGUGUUGCGGUAGGGGCGGCGGUGGUCGGAGCCGCUGCGGUGGUCGGCGUGGCGGCGCUGGUGGUGAGGCAGCGGAUGAGGAAUUCCGGGAGGUGGUCCAGCGCGAUGGCGAUCGUGAAGGAAUUUGAGGAGAAUUGUUCGACGCCCUUGGUGAAGCUGAGGCAGAUCGCCGACGCAAUGACGGUCGAGAUGCAUUCUGGAUUGGCAUCGGACGGCGGGAGUAAGCUCAAGAUGUUGAUCAGCUAUGUCGAUAGCCUCCCCAGUGGCGACGAGGCAGGCAUAUUUUAUGCUUUAGAUCUUGGAGGGACGAACUUCCGCGUCUUGCGAGUUCAACUAGGUGGAAAGGGAAGCGGCAUUGAGCAUCAGGAGUUUGCCGAGGCGACAAUACCCCCAGCGUUGAUGAGUGGUAGUUCUGAUGCACUUUUCGAUUAUAUUGUCGAAAAACUCGCGAAUUUUGUCGCUGAAGAAGAGCAGAGGUUUCAUCAACCUGAAGGGAGGCAGAGGGAGUUGGGCUUCACCUUCUCGUUCCCGGUGUUGCAGAGUUCGAUAAACUCCGGAACUCUGAUCCGGUGGACGAAGGGCUUCUCAAUAGACGAUGCUGUUGGCCAAGAUGUCGUCGCUGAACUCGACAAAGCCUUGAAAAGAAAGGGCGUCGAAAUGCGAGUCUCAGCUCUGGUUAACGACACGAUUGGAACAUUGGCCGGGGGAAGAUAUGCUAAUAAUGAUGUAGCCAUUGCCGUGAUUUUGGGUACCGGAAGUAAUGCUGCGUAUAUCGAACACGCCAACGCUAUUCCAAAGUGGCGCGGUCCUUUGCCCGACUCCGGAGAAAUGGUUAUAAACAUGGAAUGGGGUAACUUCAAAGCAUUGGCUCUUCCCUUAACCGAAUUCGACAUUGCGCUGGAUGUCGAAAGCGUAAAUCCCGGCGAACAGAUAUUCGAGAAAUUGAUUUCCGGCAUGUACUUGGGGGAAAUAUUGCGCCGAAUUUUACUUAAAAUGGCCGAAGAAGCCUCUUUCUUCGGCGAUAAAAUUCCAGCGAAACUCAAAAUCCCGUUAACUUUGAGCACGCCUGAAAUGUCAUCUAUGCAUCACGAUAAGUCGCCUGAUCUUCACGUCGUAAAGGACAAGCUUAAGAGCAUACUCGAGAUUUCGAACACUUCCUUGCAAACAAGGAAAGUCGUCGUCGAGCUCUGCAACAUCAUCGCCUCGCGCGGGGCUCGUCUCGCAGCCGCGGGGAUUUUAGGCGUCUUGAAGAAAAUGGGACGGGACGGUCCGAGAGAAGGGGGCGGGAAGACAGUGAUCGCCAUGGACGGCGGUUUGUACGAGCACUACACCGAAUACCGGAAAUGUUUAGAGACCACGAUAAGCGAAUUGCUCGGGGAGGGGCUCGCUUCGAGCAUCGAGUUCAUGCACUCGAACGACGGCUCUGGAAUCGGCGCAGCCCUCCUCGCGGCGUCGCACUCGCUAUAUCGCUGGUGAGUUCGUCGUAAAUUUUUCGAGCGAAACAUUUUUUCGAGCGUUUAUUUUUUUAUCGAUCGAUCGAAUCGAUUCGAUUCCGGCGAGAAUGAGGAUGAGGCGAAGCCUCGAUAUUUUUUUCUUUCUUUUUUUUCUUUCCUUUUAGGCUAUUGAAUAAGAUUGAAGAGAGCUCUGUUUUUUAACUUCGUCGAUCAUCCCAUUUUAUUUCAUUUCUUCAUGGGAUUGUAUGAUGUAAUAACAUUAACACUUUCAUGGUAUUUUACAGCAGCCCAGAAAAGGGCUUAAAACUUCGAUUAAGAUUACAAAUUACA